GGAAUUUUUAGUUUCGUCAAGUUUGCGGCAUUUGAUGAUGGUAAAGUGGCGGUCGUGGGGGUCACCCAAUCUCUGCUAUGAGCUUGUCCAAAUUUUCCUCUAGAUGGCUCUGCUUCCUAUUGUCUAGGGAAUUUCGAUCUUCGAAUGCUCAAAUUUGAACGGUUUCUGGUCUGCCAAUUUUCAUCAUCAAUGGUCGGCGUCGUCAUAUUUCUUUCCUUUCAACGUCUCUCCCGAGAACAGCACAAUGGCUGAGGUUGACGAAACUCUGAAGAAGAAGAGAACUUUCAGGAAAUUCACUUUCCGUGGAGUGGACCUCGAUCAACUCCUGGAUAUGCCAAAUGAGCAACUCAUGGAAUUGAUGCACGCCCGUGCGCGCAGGCGUUUCUCCCACGGUUUGAAGAGGAAGCCAAUGGCUCUCGUCAAGAAACUACGCAAAGCCAAGAAAGAGGCUCCACCAAAUGAGAAACCAGAGAUCGUGAAAACUCACCUUCGUAAUAUGAUCAUUGUCCCAGAAAUGGUUGGCUCGAUCGUUGGAGUUUACAACGGUAAAACAUUCAACCAGGUUGAAAUCAAGCCUGAGAUGAUUGGACAUUACCUCGGUGAAUUUUCAGUCACUUACAAACCUGUCAAACACGGUAGGCCCGGUAUUGGUGCUACUCACUCCUCUCGUUUUAUACCACUGAAGUGAAUGAUCGAAAUAAAAGUAAUUAUCUGGUAUA